CAUGGAGUCAACACUCCAACAUGGAAGAUGCGGUGUUGACAGUGGUCGAACUUGGCAACGACGUUGCGGACGUGUACGCAUGGGUCGAUGCGAACACCCGCGGAGGUGCCUUGGAGAGCGACAGCGCGGGGGUGAGCGAGCGCCUACUGCCGCAACUGCACGUUCUAUCGCAGGAAUUGAGCGCGACGUUGCAACAGCAAUUGGAAUCGUUUCCAUCAUUCGACACCCAUGUGCAGCUGUUGGCGAUCAAGGCACAAGGAUUGCUCCUCAACUUGCAGAACGUCGCGGAUGCCACCAGCCCCAUCCCGGACGGCACCGACGCGUCCCCCACAACGUCGACGUCCGUCGCCAACCCCUCUCUCAUCGUCCUCCACGAAGCCAAGCAGCAUAUGCAAGCUUGCAUCCACGCCCUCGAGGAAAGCGCGGCAUGGACUCAACACAGCCGCCUGGUCGCCCAAAUCGUGAGCGACUCCGUGGCGUCCGCUGCUGUUUCGCCCACACUCCUGCCAUCCCUUGUCAUGCACCUCACGGCCUUGAACAAGAGUCUGCGCAUCUUGGCUCCGAUGCCUGGUGCUCCCGAUCGCCAAGCUACCAUGACCAGGUUGCAGGGGCAAGUGGAAAGUUUGGUGUUGCCGGCCUUGGUCGAGCAACUCGAGCAACCUCGCGGUGUCGACGUCGAUAAAGUCGGCGAAUUCGUCGCGAUCUUUGACUGCCUCGGACGACCGGACGUUGUCCGUCAGCGAUUUGCCUCAGCUCGCCCGGCCCCCAUCCAUCGCCUCUGGUUGUCCAUGCAGACAGGUCCGAUGCCACUGAAUCUGGGCGACUUCUACGCCGAUGUCGAAGCGUUUUUCGCCCGUGAAUGGCGCACCAUUUCGCAGGUCUUUGGCCCCGAGGCCGCGCCGAACGUGUGGCUGGCGUUGCUCGAAGCAACACUGCAACCCUGUACGCUGAGUGCUUUUGUACACCUGGACACGGUCUCUCCGUGGUUUUCCCUGUCGUGCCAAUUUGCGCACACGCUGCUGACGAACUAUGGCGGCGUAUCCGACUCGAUCAGCUCCAUCAUGGCCCCCGCCAUCCUCCGUGUGGUAUUUGCCCCGUACUGGCCCUUGUUCAAGUCGUACACAGAGACAGAAACCCGCCACGUGUUGGCUCCUCAGCUGCGCGACGUCGUCCCGACCGUCGUCGAUGCCGACUUUGCCGCCCAACUGGAGGAAGCCGCCACGUUGCUGUGGAGCGCAGCGGAGGCGCGCAUGAGUUUUGGGUUCUCGUUCGCGCAUGGCGGGUUGUUGCCGGGGACCGUAGCCGCCAUCACGACCACGAUUCAAGCGUUUGAAGCGGCGUUGGUCGCGUUGAAACGCGACUUGGAGCAGAAAUUGCUACGGACGUCGGGCAAUUUGACGAGCCACGCCAUGGAUUGGGAAGCAUUCCACAUCGCGCUCCAUUUGGUCAAAACGACCGGCCUUCUCUUGACGCAGGCGGAAGCCUUCCAAACGCGUUGGGGCGCGCGCGUGCAAGGCAGUUUGAGUGCAUGGAUGGGCGAGGGUACCCAAGGCCCGCCGCCAGCAUGGUCGCUCGAUGAGUGCCGAGAGGUAGCGACGUUGCCCAAGGCUGUGAUGGCGCAAUGGUGGGCCAACGACGCUGGAAGUUACCAUGACCUGACUUGCCUCGUGCACUCGCUAACUUUCAAACCGCUAUUUGGACACGUCUUUGCAACGUGGACGUCGACGGUGCAAGAGUUGCUGUGCGAUUCCGUGCUCGGUCCAAUCCACGCGAUGUUGCGCCCACUCCCUUCGCUCGAGAUUUGGAUCCAGCCCGAGGCCACCGACGCCUUGCCGUCCUUCAAUACGCUCCCGCAAGAGUAUAUGACCGCGGUGGCCGACAUUUUGCUGUCGCUGCUGCCCCAGUUGGAGCUGUUUGCAGCGACGAGCGGGCUAGCGCACGCUGUUGCAGCGUCGCGCAAUGUCCAUCUGCUGAGCCACGCCGCUUGGGCCAAAGUGGCCACAGCCUUACGGGUCGACAUUCCAAGCGACUUGAGCGACUUGACGCAGGAGUCGUUUGUCGACCGGUGGACGAUGGUGUUUGCGUCGGGGGCGAUGGCGAUCUUGGCCGGGCAAGUGUUUCAAAUUCCGCGCUUUAGCAAGUCGGGCGCCGCCCAACUUGCAUGCGACUUGAGCUACUUGCAAAAUGUGUGUUUGGCUCUCGGUGUCCCAUUGCACCCGGCCUUGCACCAUCUCCACCACAAGAUGCUUGGUCAGGACGCGUGCGACGCCACGGCAUGCACUCUGACCGACGCGCGUGUCCGAGAUCAUCUGAACGGACUGUUGUCCGUGACGUGAUUCAAUGCAAAAUGCAACUGCGGUGUUAUCUGUCGUACCAACCAUGUUCUGGCAGCUGAUGCUUGCCGUGGUGUGCGAGCCAGCGUCACAAAGUUGGUGGAAUGCUCCCAUCACUCGGUUUCUAGUCUGGAUGAAGGUGAAUUCAGUCGUCCAUGGGGCCACUCCUCGCCGUCGCGGAUGCGAUACAAAGGACAGAUGGGAAGGACUCGGCAGCAUGUCGUGCUGGCACGUGGCCGCCUCAUUCGCAAUCCGCGACGACGUACGAAAGCAUGCCGACGUUGAAUCUCCAGGAGUGUUGACCCCGCUUGGUUCAAUUGCUGCCGUCGCUAGCUAUGACCAACGUCUCGAGCGCGGUUUUGCCCAGCCAGAGCAGCCCAGGGUCAUGUCGCUGCAAUGUCCAGUGCGUCGCAUCUGCUCAGCAUUGAAUCCACCAAAGGCGUGAGGUGUGGUGGCGAGCAGAGGAAAACAGCACUAGCACUCGUAC